CACAAACGACACUCGGCAGUCGUUCAGAGUAGUGAUAUUUUUCGUCCACAUGCUGUCGAAUGAAAUAGCGAAUUCCGUGAAGUAGUUAGUCAUACUCAAACAUUGGCGCUUAUAACACGUAUAUUUUUCCGCGAAUCGACUCCAACUGAACAAGUGAUUUUUUGGUGAUUUUGGGAUCCGAUUGUUUUCAUCUCUGAUCCAGCGAAUGAAUGCUGCUCCGGUGUGAUAUUUCUCGUGUAUCUGCGGCUAUCUUUGGAAAAAUCAACUUCCGGAAAUAAAUUAUGAGACAGUUUAUAAUGUGCUCUUUGAUGUGAAAUGUAUCUCAUAUGCAAAGUGUAAAACUAAGCGCAGUGAAUUAGUGAAACUACUGAUUAACGGAUUAUGGAGUAUGUAAUGCAGCUGACAAAACUUAUAUGAUACGUAAAACAUCCUGAAAGGAAGAAGCUUUUCGUUAUUCAUUGGACCUCCAUUGAUCAUCAGCGGAUACGCAUUGUUGAUUUGUGCAAAAGCUUAAGACCUGAAGUGGAUCAAUCUCCAAGAUUCAACUUAUAAAGUGAAUGAUCUUGGACAUUGACGCUCUCACAACAUGGAUGCCAAUAAUUUUGUGAUGUCUUCCUACCAAUUCGUGAACUCGCUUGCAUCAUGCUAUCCCAACAGUGCUCCGAACCCUAACAAUACCCCAGCAAGCAGCAGUAGUGGCCAAAGUGAUGGAUAUUUUCCACCUUCGGCUUAUACCCCUAACUUGUACCCAGGCACACCGCAUCAAGCGCAUUACUCUAAUCCUCAGUCGUACAACCCGCUUGCAUCAGGGCCUGGCAACGUCAAUGCUGCUAGUACCGGCAGCGGACAUCAAUCCAAUGAAAUGGUUGACUAUACACAACUUCAGCCGCAAAAGUUUCUAUUGAACCAACAACAACAACAGUCCAGUCUAAAUCCUCAAAGUUGUAAAUACGCCGGUGAUGGCACAAGUGCAGGUACAAACGUAGGUAAUAGUAGCAAUAAUAAUAGUACUACAAGUCCACAAGAUCUGAGCACAGCUAGUUCUAAUAGCAGUGCAGGAGCAGGAGGAGGAAACGGAAGUCGGCCGGACAUUUCACCGAAGUUGUCACCUAGCUCAGUAGUUGAAAAUGUGUCACGAACAAUGAAAUCUACCAGCGCUGCAGCAACAGUCAGUGGUAGCAACACAAACAACAACAGCAGUAACAUUAGUAAUCGUAAUCCAGUGAACCAAGUGAAUUUACCAUUGGGAAGCCCUGAAGGUGAUGAAUCCGACGCAAGUGACGAUGAUAGUGGUACCGAAGGAGGAAGUUCACAAGGUGGCGGAAGUGGUGGCAAAAAGAGUGGAGGACCACCUCAAAUCUAUCCCUGGAUGAAACGAGUGCAUAUCGGGCAGAGUACAGUAAACGCCAAUGGAGAAACUAAACGACAGCGAACAUCGUACACGCGUUAUCAAACUCUUGAGUUGGAGAAGGAAUUCCAUUUCAACCGAUAUUUGACACGACGAAGAAGGAUCGAAAUAGCUCACGCUCUCUGCCUGACCGAACGACAGAUCAAAAUAUGGUUCCAGAACCGUCGGAUGAAAUGGAAGAAGGAACACAAGAUGGCAUCGAUGAACAUCGUUCCGUACCACAUGUCUCCCUAUGGGCAUCCAUACCAGUUCGAUAUCCAUCCAUCCCAAUUUGCGCAUCUUAGUGCAUAGGACGCGUGGCACUUUUCGGGUACUGGUUAGAGACUCAACCAGCUUUAUCAGGAACAAUAUCAGGGAUAUCAGAAUAAUCAAGAUAGUGUUUUGUUCGGAGGUAACACUACACCAUCUGAUUCGACUAAGUAUAACCAAGAGUUUUGACUUUCCCCGGCCUAGCCUUCAGUCGAAGAUGCUUGACCACCGAGGAUCGGACAAAACUCACAGUGUAGUAGAAUUGUAUAGAACAAGAUGAUAUCCCUGGUAGAAACUGUUACAAGCUGCUGUUGAGAUAUUCAUCAAAGGAAAAAUUCUUUCUUCGAUUUUAUCUUUGUGUCCAAUUCAUAAUUUAUUGUACUUUCAGGACCUAUCUCCUAUCACACUGUGUAAAUAUAGGAUAAAUUCGAAGAAAGCAUCAAUUCAAUCUUCUCUAAUCAGUAUUCGAAAAGCAAACCUCGCGUUACGUGGGGAUCCUUUAUAGGUACUAGCAUGUAUUAGGCUAUUGAUGGAGUUACGUUUACUUUUCCAUAAUUUUCCACUUGUUUGCGUCAACUUGCAUGCAAGUUUUGCUCUAAAGCAAAACCAGGCAUAGCUAAGACUCGCACCUAUGAAUUCAGUUAUGGCAAAAUUAUGGAAAAGUUAUGAUCAAUCGUACUUGUAUCGAUUAUAAGGUAUCAUUUUUGUUGUUUUCUUCCUUAAUAGUAUAACAUUUUCGUUAGAUGUUUCACACUAGCAAAAAUCGUAAACUGAUCUUUUUAGUUAUGUAUUACAUGAACAAGAUGAUAUUGGUCUGAGAUAUUAUACACCGAUUUUAACCUGCUCAGUUUUGAGUUACGCAAUUAAAAUACAUUGAAUGAGCUGUAAAUAUAGUGCGUUAAGACCUUUAAUUUAUUGAACUGCUGUAGAGCUAUUGUGAAAUAAUUUUAAGUAGUUAAAUAAUCCACCAACGAAGAUGCAAUAUUGAGAUACUAUAUCAUUGAUCUUAGCACGAGGUUGCGAACGAAAUUCUAUAAGACCAUGUUUAUGUUUGUGUUAUUUCAUUUAAAUUCUGUUUCCAAAUGGCUCUGAUUAGGCUUUACUUUCGCUUUUUUAAGUUCAGAAGAUCAACACGCAUUGACAAAUUCGGAUUACACAGGGAUUAUGUUAAAACAAAACAUUUCUAUAUCAACGAAAAAUGGCGAAGCUACUGGUUUCUUCGGAGACAGUAGAAAAAUUCAGGGUGAAUGAUACUUCGAAAUGUAACAAGAGUGUAAUUGAAACCAUAAUUAGGAUUAUCGAUAUAUUUGUUUUACUCUAUCGCGAUAAGAAUCAAUAGCCAGAAGAUGAAAUCAUGAAAUUUUAUGCAUUCCGAGAUGAUACUAUUUUACCAACUAAAAUGGCCAACUGAAUAUAGUUCAUCAAUUCAACAUAUGGAAGGUCGCUGACAACACAUUUUGUAAUGAAACUGUAAAAAAGAAAAUACUAAAGUCACGAUGAGAGCUGAAGUAACUGUAGUAUAAUCCUUAAGUGACAGUCAAAUCGUUUUAGGUUAAAAUAGGUCAUUUACUUAAGACAUAAUUGCAGUUUGCGAAUGAGAAAUCUCAUUUCAGUUCGUGACAUGCCAAGCAAUUGGUAUACAUUAUUGGAAAAUCAUCUGUAAUUCUUUAUUUUUUCUAAUUUUUUU